CGCGGUCCGGAGAAAGCAGGCGGAUUGCACUGGCGAUGUAGCCCGGAGACUAUUUCUGGGCGCUCUUAUUUCUGUAUAGCUGUUCAACAGCCUAUAUCAAUGACUGCAUAUUGCACUCCGGAAGUAAUCUACAGGAUUAUCUUCAAUCACAUAAUAUAGACAAGUGUUUAUAGACGGAGAAGUGAUCCUGCAUGUGACAUCGUGCACAGUGUCCAAGGGCAUUGUGCCUCUUCAAUGUUCAUAUUUAAUAUUAAGGGAACGAGCAUAGCAUAACCUACGGAGUCUGCAUGCUCGGCUAGGUUCCUACUGUCACUGUUCACAUAUUCUACGAGUAGCCUAUGGCAGCGCAUUUGAAUGCUUGGUCUAUUUGUCGCCACCACUCAAUUGUUUAUUUCCCCUAUGCAUUGUUUCCAUACCUUCUGCGGAAUUGCUUCAACGGCCUCAACACACUCAUGCUCAGAUGAAGGGAGUGCAAAUACGGGAGUGACAUACACUUGUCGUGACAAAGGGAUAGGCUGCAGUCUAUUCCUAUAGGCUAGCAUAUAGUGGCAAGUUGAAUAUUGAGUGAGAGUGAAUGAUCUGAAAUACUGUGUUCAUUUCCUUGGUGCACAGAAAGCGUGUGGUUUAAUGUGGCUCCAGGUAGUGCGAACAUCAAAAUUACGCCACUUGUGGAGAGGGAGAAAACUGUAGCCUUGUGAGCACAGACAGGGGCGGGGGGAAUCGCCGCGGUGAGAUUAUUUUUAUGGACGCGCCCUGAGUGAUUUGCGCGUGUCAGUCGUGUGUACUCAAUCAUGUUGUAGAGCUCGUAAAUCGAGAGGACCGCCAGUGCGAAGUGCCUCAACCCAGGCAUUAAACCCUCGGACCGCUAAAAAGGACGCUCAACUUGUACGCAAACAAGACGUACCGCUGUAGCUAGAGGAGCGUCAAGAGAACAGAGGCAAGCAAUGACAGAUUUUGUUGACAAAUUGCUGACAACUCGGUGACUAUUGUCGACAAGGACUAAACACUUUCUUUCAAAAGUGGAUAACACAGUCUGUCAUUUCCGUAUAACCACAAUAAAGGACCACAAUAAGUACAGGAGAGACCCGGGAGACAGCGGGCGCCAUGAGGCGGCGAGGAGGGCUUGAGAGAGAGGAGACAUCGCCCUUCAUCAUCCUCAGCAUCGGGCAGUGCAGGAAAUGCACACACGCGCCACAGAGACUGUCUAGCAAGAGACAGGCUAACAGCACCCAAUUCUGAGAGAGAGACGAGAGAGCGAAACAGAAGAGAGUGGAUUCGACAUCCAUUUAUUUAUCCUCAAUGGGCUUAAACUGGACUGGAUCAGACUUGGAAGAGAUGAUGUCCAAGUUACCACACUGUUCUAUAUUGGACCCGCCUUGUUAGACCUUCGAAACAACUCACCCACCUUUGUGAGGCUUGGAGCUGAGGGGCAGAGAGAGGGGGGAAAAAGAGAGCGACAGCGAUAGAGGAAGAGAACGAGAGACAUUGGGCUCCAUGCAGGCGCGUAAGAAGUAUGUCCUGCUGGGGCUGUGUGCUUGCUGCUGGCUGCUGCUCUUCUACUGGGGCGGUGGGGUCCAGGUCCGUCUCCUCAAGCUGCUGGGGCAGCAGAGGGGCGAUGUGGUGCGCCCCUGGCCCGACUGGACCGACAGGGUCCUCCUGCCGGGCUAUGCCCAGCUGGAGGAACUCCAGACAGGGCCUGGUUCUGCCGAGUCCCCCCGUCAGCGUCACCAAGCCUGGACGGGCAUCUAUAAAGACAGUCGCUGCCGAAUGGAGACCUGCUUCGACUUUACGAGAUGUCGACGUAGAGGGCGGGAUGGGUUUAGAGUGUACGUUUACCCAUCGGAGAAGGGUGAGCGCGGGUCGGAGAGCUAUCGUAAGAUACUGACGUCUAUAGGCGAGUCACGGUACUACACCACAGACCCUCGCGAGGCAUGUCUCUUCGUUUUGGGGAUUGACACUCUGGACCGCGACCAGCUCUCGGGGCAGUUUGUGCCCAACUUGGACGAUCGUAUCAAGGGUUACCCGCUCUGGAACGAGGGACAGAACCACCUUAUCUUUAACCUGUACUCGGGCACCUGGCCCAACUACACCGAGGACCUGGGCUUCAACAUCGGUCAGGCCAUCCUGGCUAAAGCCAGCCUCAACACGGAACACUUCCGGCCUGGGUUCGACGUCUCCAUCCCCCUCUUCUCCAAGGACCACCCCCAGAAGGGGGGCGAGAGGGGCUGGUUGGUGCGAAACACGGUGCCACCGCGCAGGAAGUACCUGUUGAUGUUCAAAGGGAAGCGGUAUCUAACGGGCAUCGGCUCGGACACCCGUAACGCCCUGCAUCAUAUCCAUAACGGGAAGGACAUAGUGUCCCUCACCACAUGCCGUCACGGGAAGGACUGGGAGAAACACAAAGACGCCCGCUGUGACCAUGACAACCUAGAGUAUGAGAGGUUUGAUUACCAGGAGCUGCUCCACAACUCCACCUUCUGCCUGGUUCCCCGGGGUCGUCGCCUGGGCUCCUUUCGCUUCCUAGAGUCUUUACAGGCGGCGUGUGUUCCAGUGUUGCUCAGUAAUGGUUGGGAGCUGCCCUUCUCUGAUGUCAUCCAGUGGAACCAGGCUGUCAUAGAAGGAGAUGAGAGAUUGCUACUGCAGGUCCCGUCUACAGUGCAUGCGGUGGGAAAUGAGCGAGUCCUAGCUCUGAGGCAGCGGACCCAGAUGCUAUGGGAUGCCUACUUCUCCUCCGUGGACAAGAUAGUCCUCACCACACUGGAGAUAAUUAAGGACCGGGUUUUCUCUCACGUCUCCAGAAAUAAGUACAUGUGGAACGCCCUGCCAGGGGGCCUACUGGUCCUGCCAGAGUACUCCACUCACCUGGCCCACUUCCCCUUCUAUUACCUGAGCCUAGGGGUCAGUCCAGGUCAAGAGUUCACCGCCAUCAUCCAUGCCGUCUCCCCAUUGGUCUCCCAGUCUCAGCCAAUCAUGAAGCUGCUUCAGGUGGUCUCCAAGUCCAAAUACUGUUCACAGAUCAUCAUCCUGUGGAACAGUGAGAAACCACCGCCCCACAGGAGUAAAUGGCCCCCCAUGCCUGUCCCCCUCACUGUGACAGAUGGUAGGAGGAAGACGAGCAGUCGUUUCCUGCCCAACGUGGCCAUAGAGACAGAGGCAGUGCUGAGUCUGGAUGAAGAUACAGUCCUGCUGACCAGUGAGGUGAACUUUGCCUUCAUGGUGUGGAUGAGUUUUCCUGAGCGCAUCGUGGGCUACCCCCCCAGGAGUCACUUCUGGGACCCAGUGAAGAAUGCGUGGGGGUACACCUCCAAGUGGACUAACGAGUACUCCAUCGUUCUGACAGGAGCAGCCUUCUACCACAGGUACUAUCACUACCUGUUCUCCCACUACCUGCCCCCUUCCCUGCGGGCGCUGGUGGACCGCACCUCCAACUGUGAGGACAUCCUCAUGAACUUCCUGGUUUCCGCCGUCACCCACCUGCCGCCAAUCAAAGUGGCCCAGAGGAAACAGUACAAGGAGCUUCCCAGCCCACAGGUGAGGCCACACCCAUCAACGGUGAAUCUGACCAAUGAGCUGCCCAGCCCACAGGGUACAAAGAUGAGUGCUCCAUGGGCCAACCCAGAGCACUUUACCCAGAGGCAAGAGUGUGUGAACAGCUUCGCCAGCUGGUUCGGCUACAUGCCCCUGGUCCACUCCCAGUUCCGUCUGGACCCCCUGCUCUUCAAGGACCAGGUGUCUGUCCUACGCAAGAAGUACAAGGACCUGGAACAUGCCUGACGGACCAACAGACGGAUAGAGGAAUACAGUGUGGAGUCCUGGUCUGGUGGUUAAAUGUAGACAGACAGACAGACCCUGGUGGACUGAUCUGAUGAUAAAAGAGGAAGAAAGGGGACCUAAAGCGAAGAGCUAGACUCCGCCUCCAGGAGUCUGAGCCAAUGGGCUAUUUGAGGAGGAAAAUAUGGAGGAGGCCUAAUGUCCCUUGUGAUUGGUUCUCCGUUGGUAAUGGAUGGGUGAAUGAACACUUGUUGAAGAUGUCAACCACUCUCAUUGUAGUCUGAAUGGAGGGGAACAGUAUUUCAUAUCGAAGGAAGGCGCCAAGCGGACAGUUGCUGGUGCAGUGCACUGCAGCUGGCGUAUUUCUACAGUACAUCUGGGAGUUGGGACAGUCGUAAAGCAAUUGAUUCAUUUCACAUCACGUAACUGUAAGACCAAUAAAAUCAUUUCCCAAGUGCAAA